GCGGAAGUGGAUGUUGGAAGGCGCGGGUUUCCGGUUGUCCGCGGAGAGCGGAGCGAGAGAGAGAGAGAGAACGAGAGGGGGGACAGGAGAGGAGCGGCGGGCCGAAGGGACGGCGGAGUGUUGCCAGGUCCACGUCAUAACUUCUUUCGGAACUGGACAGAGUAAAAUUCCAGCUUGUCACCAUUGUGAGUUCCAAAUCCCACAGCCAUGACGAAGCGAUCCGCAGAAAUAGAAAUAGAAAUAGAUGCCGAGGACAAGCGGCAUUGCACGGAGGAAAGCAUUGCCGAGCAGACAACGAUCACAACAGCAGAGUUUGUGAGCCAAUCCAUCGACAUCAAUGAACCAGUUGGUAAUCUCAAGAAGCUGUUAGAACCACGUCUUCAGUGUUCCUUGGAAGCACAUGAAAUUUGUCUUCAAGAUAUCUUGUUGGAUCCAAAUCGCAGUUUAUUCGACCAAGGGGUGAAAACAGAUGGCACUGUUCAGCUCAGCGUGGAAGUCAUUUCCAGACAAGCAGGAGUGGAGCCAAAGCUCAACAUCCUGGAGAUAGUGAAGCCGGUGGAGACGGUGGAGGUGGUCAUCGACCCGGACGCCACGCACCACGGGGCCCAGCUGGUGGAGGAGACGCAAGUCAUAACGUUAGAUGGCUCGAAGCAGCUGAUACCGGACGAGACCUCGGAGCAAGUAACGCGGUGGGCCGCCGCCCUCGAGGGAUACCGCAAAGAGCAGGAGCUUCUCGAAAUACCAUACGAUCCAAUUCAAUGGUCAGUGGACCAGGUGUUACACUGGGCCGUGUGGGUGAUGAAGGAGUUUGUCAUGCUCGAUGUCGACGUGAAGGAUCUGUCCAUGUUGGGCAAGGACCUGUGUUCCCUCAGCCAGGAAGAAUUCCUGCUGCGAGUACCAAAGGGAGAAAUCUUGUGGAGCCACUUGGAGUUGCUGAGGAAAUAUGUGUUGGCGAGCCAAGAACACACGGGUGAAAUAGCGACUGUUACAAUUGACCAACCUGUCCAAAUAAUUCCAGCUACAGUGCAGCAGACAACUCCCACCACCAUUAAAGUCUUCACCGGAACGCCCAAAUCUGCCAAAACCCCACGUGCUCCACGGAUCUCUGGUGAAGACAGAAGCUCUCCAGGGAACAGGACAGGCAACAACGGGCAGAUCCAGCUCUGGCAAUUCCUGCUGGAGCUCCUCACGGACAAGGAUGCGCGGGACUGCAUUUCGUGGGUCGGCGACGAGGGGGAGUUCAAGCUGAACCAGCCUGAGCUCGUGGCACAGAAGUGGGGUCAGCGCAAGAACAAGCCCACCAUGAACUACGAGAAACUGAGUCGGGCGCUCAGGUAUUACUACGACGGGGACAUGAUUUGCAAGGUCCAGGGGAAGCGCUUUGUCUACAAGUUUGUGUGCGACCUGAAGACGCUGAUCGGCUACAGCGCGGCCGAGCUGAACCGCCUGGUCACGGAGUGCGAGCAGAAGAAGCUGGCCAAGAUGCAGAUGCACAGCAUGGCCGGCCAGCCCAUCACUACGGUAACGCUGGCCGCCUCCCUGCACGCAGACAAGGACAGUUGAACCACCUCGCCCCGGGCCCCGUGCCUUGGUUGCGGGUGGGAAAGCGGCCUGAGGGGAGUGGGCUGGGGAGGGUGGGCAGCGCGCCACAUUCCUUCUCUCGGUCGCUCCCACCCCUCUCCCCUCACACUCCCCUGCCUUCCGGCGUGCCGAUGGGCCUGAGCGGCAGGCUUGUGGGACUGUGCAGCAUUCAGAUGGCUGUGGGCAGAAGGAGGAUGAGACAGGGACAGGGACUCGUGUCCAAGUCCUGCUGUCUAAUUGUACAGUGUCGACAGCAGAGUGGGGCAGGCUUCAGCAACAAACUUCAUGGUAUGUUUAAAAAAAACUAGUGUACCAGCUUCACCUUAAUCUAUCAAAUUUUUUGAGUUAUUUUUGCAGAUAUUUUUACCCUUAUGUGAAUUUUCAAUAAAAAAGGUAUACUCCA